AGUGCCAAAGUUCAUAACAAGAAGGAGAGAUGAGCAGCAUCAGCACAAUGCAAGAAGGGGAUUCAAUUCCUGUGGUCCUACCUGGGUUCAGAUUCUACCCCACUGAAGAGGUGCUGGUGAGCUACUACUUGAAGAAGAAGACAGAGGGCAAGGACUCUGACUUCAGCCACAUCAUCCCUGAAAUCGAUGUCUGCAAGCAUGAGCCUUGUGAUGUUCCUGCGUUCUUUGAAGAGGCAGACUUUCCAGAUCAUGAGAUGGAAUGGUUCUUCUUCAGCCAACCUGAUUAUAAGUACACCAACAGCACUCGCUGCAACAGGGCCACAGAUCAGGGCUUUUAUAAAAUAACAGGCAAGGUUCGCGAGAUCAAGGCUCGACGAUCCAAAGCUGUGAUUGGUAAGAAGAGGACCUUGACUUUCUACGAAGGCCGUGUGCCCAAUGCAAAGAAGACCAACUGGAUCAUGCAUGAGUAUUAUCUCACCAACACUGAACUGGCCCAACUUGGUCCUAAUACCAAUCAGCGGAAAGACUUUGUUCUCUGCCGCCUGAAGAAUAAGUCAGCUAAUUAUAAGAAGCUGAAGGAUGAUUCAAUCUGCAAUGAAUUAGCUGAUACUGGUUCUGGUGGCGGCAUUGCCUCUAAUUCUGAAGAUGAUCAAGCUGCAGGAGCCGAUAUGAUUUCAGAACCAUUAGAACAUCUGGCCUCCCAAGAGGUAGGAGAUGUUCUGAAUGGUAAUGGUUCUGGUCUGAUAGAAAACAAUGAUAUUUCAAUCUGUGAUGAUGAUCAAAUUGAUGCCUGGAUUUUCUCUGAUUUUGAUAGUCAAGCUGCAUAUGAUUUGCUUCAAGAGCAGUAUUGUGCUGAGCCAGGAGAAAAUCUGGAUUCACUCCUUCCUCCACCACAGCCACCUCUGCCACCUCUGCCACAGGAUUACUGCUCCUCCACACAGCAGUCACCAUUAUACACAAAUCAGGGAAAUGUUCCCUAUGUCUAUGAUGCUGACUGCAAUAGGCAGCAAUCUCCGAUUGGGGAUAGGAAUUCUUAUCUUACACAUAAGAAUAAUAUGUCAAUGAAUAAUCAAAUUGAACCAGUGAGCAACAUUACUUAUGGUGUUCAAAAUCGAGCUACAGGUGAAAGUAAUUCAGAGGUUUAUAAUAAUUCAACCAAUGAUUUCAAGGAACCAGUUUGCAACAUCACUUAUAAUUGUAACAAUGGAGCUCCAGAUGAAAGGAUUUUAGAGGCUGUUAAAUUUCAGGGCGACGGGCCAAAAGAAAAUCUGGGAUCACCCUUUGAUCCAUUUCAGCUACUGGAUUUCACACUGCUGUCACCAAUGAACUCAGAACUGGGAGAUUUUGAGCAUGGCAAUAAACUAUGUUGGCAUGCAAUGAGUUGUAAUCUCUGAUCUGGAGGUUAUGACUCUUUUCCCUCGAAGUUCUUAUAUACAGUUAUUGUUGACAAAGAAUCUUAUUAUCCUGUGAAGAAACAACCAACACUACUUUCAAUGACUCUAAUCUAUCAGAGUCAUAAGGAAGAUUCUAUAAUAGCAGUAGUGGAGUUAGAAGUGGAAGAAAAAAACAGUGAAUUACUAAGGAUGGGUGGUACUUUUAAUCUGCAUUAGCUAUACAAGAGACAGUGCAACAUAGCUAGUGAAUUACAAUAUUUUACUUUUAGGAGAACAUCAGUAGGGGCCCUGUAUACCCCAAGAGGUAACAUCACCCUUGUAUACAUUUCUGGAACUGGGGGCUUUGGAAACUUCUUCAUAGUUAUGGACAUCUAUGUCCAGGACAAACGAAUCAGGUUAACUAAGUCUGUUCUUGGUCUUUUGGGCCGUUGCUGUGUGUCGUCACAGCAUUCCCAACUUUUGGAAAUUUGAAGCUUGUUAGGUGAACUUGUUGGUCACUGGCAAGUGGCAACUUUUGAAAUGCCAUCUGGAACUCUAUUCUCCUCCGGCGAGUCCAGGCAAAAUAAUUUGGAGACCAUGUCUCUCCUGUCAACAGAACUACAAAUGUUACUCAAAUCAAUGUCUUCAAAUAAUGUACUCUCUUAAUCAAAGGUCACACCAUGCCUCAUUAUAAACCAACAUCCGUUCAUGUUCACUCAUGGGAGGUGCUGUGAGAAGAAUCCGACUGCAAAGCUGUAUCACAAGACAAGGUUAGGGAAGCUGCAGAGUAUUGCAUUGCUCUCCAUCUGAAAACCAAGUCCUGGAAGCAUACGGUUUGAAGCAGGCAACAAUAGGGUUCUUUCAUGUUCUUGGAAGCAUCUCCUCAAAACCAUUAAUCAAGUCCCCAAUGGGGCAUGGUAUAAUAUCUCAGUACCAAGUUCUAGUUCUAGCCUUAUAUUCAGGCUUUCGUUCCACGCUGCAUUGUUCUGGAAGUGGCAUUAUACAGGAUCUGCUGCUGCGUGGCUGCUGGAGUCUCGAUAUAUGUUACAAUAACCAGACACUAAUGUGAUGUCUGUGGUUAUUGGAAUGGAAGUUUUGAGGUUCCAUCCUUAAUGAAGUAGUAGUUACAAUCAUGGUAAAACUGUGGUUUAAAACCUAUGUAUCACCUUCAGGCUGAAACACCCAAACCCUAAGACCAAAAAUUGUAUUCUUGUAAAUGUUGUUGUUGAUUUUGUUUUUGUAAUUGGCCCGGCCUGUAUCAACUGCCGCGGUCCUGUGCAGCAUUCCUGCUCCCCUUUUCUACUGUGUCGGUGUUAAUAUUGUAUAUGCAGAACCUUUCAGUGUUGAAUGUAA